AUGAUUCAUUUUAAAGAAACUAAGAAUAAGUCUGCUUUGAGUACAAGAUGGUUACAAAUGUCGAAACAAGAACAAAUCAUCGAAAAAAAGAAGAUGGAAAUUCAAGCAAAAUUAGAAGCCCAGAAACAAGCGGCAGCGCUCGCAGCUCAAGCAAAGUUAACAAACCCUACUGCAAGUGAAGACAAAGGAUCUCCAAAUAUUUUCUCAAAUGAUGGCAGUUUCAUGAGCCAGUAUAAAGCACUACUGGAGAAGCAAAGUAAGGAAAAGCAAGAAAAGGAGGCCAAAGAAAAGCAAGAAAAUGAAGAAACUAAAAAAAGUAAAAAUGAAAAUAAAGAAAAACCAGAAACAAGUACAAAAAAAGAGGAUCAUGACAAUGAUGAAUCUUAUCAUCACAGUGAAAGGAGAUCUGAAAGAUCAUCCAGAGAUCGUCAUCGCCGCUGGAACGAAAGAGGGCGAAAUAGAACCCACAGUCCAACAACUCCUGUAGUAGAAGAUAGGAAAAAGAACAUUGAUACUGCAAAUAUCCCUCCUCUAAUGCAACUUUCCGUCAGACCUCCUGAUUCCCCACCUAGUUCCCAUUCAAGUCGAUGGGGAUCUCGUGACGGUCCGAUGAAUGAUGAUUUCGAUCACGGAAAUCAAAAAGAUCGAGAAGAAAACCAAAACUCUGAUUCAUCAUCUGUUGGACCAGGUCCUAUUGGUUCAGGGCCAAUGGGGCCUGGUCCAAUGGGAUUUGGGCCAAUGGGUCGUGGGCCAAGUUUGAUGGGUCCCGGUCCAAUGGGUCCCGGUCCAAUGGGCCCCGGUCCAAUGGGUCCCGGUCCAAUGGGUCCCGGCCCAAUGGGACCCGGUCCAAUGGGCCCAGGUCCUAUGGGCCCUGGACCAAUGGGUCCUGGUCCUAUGGGGCCCGGUCCUAAUAUGCCACCUGGUCCUAAUAUGUGCCCACCAAAUUCAGGUCCCAUGAUGGGGCCUGGGGGACCUAUGCCACCAAUGCCUCCACCCUUUAUGAAUCCAAAUUUCCCAAUGCCCCCCAAUUUUAUGGGUCCAAAUGGUCCAUGUGGCCCAAUGCCCCCAAUGUGUGGUCCAAAUAUGCGUGGUCCGGGGCCAAAUGGUCCUAUGCCUCCUCCACCGUUUUUCCCACCUUUUAAUAACUCCCAAAUGUCGGGGCCUAACGGUCCACCUAAUUCACUGAUGCCUCCAAAUUCAUUGAACCCACCAUUUGGACCGAACGGUCCUAAUUUCGGACCCCAGCCCCCGUUCGGACCAAACGGUCCGAACUUUGGUCCUAAUAAUAGCGGUCCGCCAAUGGGGCCAAAUAAUGUGCCAUUUAUCGGACCAAAUUCGAUUACUGAGUCGAAAUCCUUAGACAUCCCACCUCCGGAGCCCAUGAAACUCCAAAAUAUUCCACCUCCUAUGCCCAUGCCGUUAAACCAUAUACCAAAACCCAAAGACAUGGAACCGUGCAACAUACCGGCGCCGCCCAACUCUUCGCAAGUUCUCUCUCCAGAUGCUUUCCCGCCUCCGGUGCGUCGUGCGGCCGUCGAAGUAUCGGCCAAUGGCGACCACUACGAACAUGUCCUGAAAAUACAAGACCAAAAUAUGUGGUUUCUGCAUAAUCCGAACUCGAAUGAAUAUAAGGCGUAUCGGGAAUUGGUGAAUCAAAUGCGGAAAGAGAGAAAGCCUGAAGUCAAACCUGAAGAUAAAUAUGAACCAGAGUUCUCGCUGGAAGAUGACGACAGCAAUGAUAAUACUAAAGUAAAGGAGGAAAUGAAAGACAGCUACGAUAUGUACGCGCAUCAAAGUAAUAUAAAGCGGGAGCACACAAGCUCUCAAAGUGAUGAGGAUUCUGAGAACAAAAAGGAGCGCAGGAAAAGAAAGAAGUCACGUUGGGGAGAUGAUCCUCCUAUUGAUAUAAAACCGCCCGGAGUUGUUGCACCUUUGCCCAGUUCCAUUCCAGGUGCAAGUUUAUCUAAAAUAGACGAAGAUGGUCUUAAGCUAACAAAUGUGAACCGCAACAACCAAGCAUUAAUGCAAUACGCGAUGACUAACUACGGCACAACAAAUCUCAAUGCAGAGGAUUGGAAGAAGUGCGAGGACAAUUUCAAACUGAAUUUAUUGUAUCAGGACAUGUUAAAGAAGAGACAACAAGUAGAGCGUUUAGCGGCAGCCGGCAAGCAUAAGUAUGAAUAUGACAGUGAUGAAGAUAUUUCAGAGGGGACUUGGGAACAUAAAUUGCGUGCUAAAGAAAUGAAUGCUACUGAGAGAUGGGCGACAGAACUAACAAAACAAGCAGCAGGAAAACAUCAUAUCGGGGACUUCUUACCACCUGAAGAAUUAAAAAAAUUCAUGGAAAAAUAUUCAGCAGUGAAAAGUGGCAAGGAGCCAGACCUCAGCGAUUACAAAGAAUAUAAAUUGAAAGAGGACAAUGUUGGCUUCAAAAUGUUACAAAAGCUUGGGUGGACGGAAGGAGAAGGUCUUGGAGCUGAGGGUACGGGCAUUGUUGAACCUAUUAACAAAGCGAACCAGCCCGUCGCCAACCUGGGGCUGGGCGCGGCGGCGGCGGACGGCGUGUGCCCCGACGACGACGAGUUCGACGCCUACCGCAAGCGCAUGAUGCUCGCCUACCGCUUCCGACCUAACCCACUGAAUAAUCCACGGCGACCAUACUAU